GGAUAUUGAUGCAGCGUUUAAUUAUAAAUUGCGGCGGGCGCAUUUGCUGUGAUCCUGUUGAAUUAAGAUUAAAAUGUCGAGACUGAGCAAGCUGUUCGAGGUGCCUUGGGCGUCAGUGUGACCAGAAUGUGUCUAUUGAUAACUCCCGUUUUCACCGCAGGAACUGUUUUCUCGGUGCCGAUGUGCAGUCCGGAGCGUUUAUCCGCGCGGUUCCCUUUCCGCCCGUUUCCGGUUGUUUCCCGUUCGCCCGGGUGACGGUUUUUAAAUUUUUUAACUUUUGACUCGAGGGAAAAGAACAUGAAGCGGAACAAACGCGGCCGCUUCGUGUCGGUAGCGAUGGCUCAGAAGAUGGAAAGGCUGUCCGAGGCUCAACAGCAGCGGUGGGUUCGCACCGAGCGGCCGGGGCCCGAGGCCGGAGCUCCGCCAGGGGGAGCCGAGGCCCCCGAGCCCGGUUUGGAGUCAGCUACACCUCUUGUUGUGACGACCAGUUACUGCCGUCUCUGUCAUGGAAAGUUUUCCUCCAGGAGCCUACGUAAUGCAUUUGCAAAAGUUCCUCUGGUUGAGGCAAAUCCAGAGAUGCAGCGCAGAGCACAACAGACUUUUGGUGCUGAUUUCCAGAAGUUAGUAGGUGUUGUGGUGAGGCAGGAUCCCACUUUGCCACAAUAUAUCUGUAGAAACUGUCAUGCUCAAUUUUAUAAAUGUCGGAGUAUCUUGAGAAACUACAUUCAAAGAGUAAACACUUCACCAGUAGCUUCUGUACAGCGUGGACAAGAGUCUAGCAGAUGUGUUGCAGCAACAAAGUCAUCAUCAAUGCAAUCACUUUCACAAUCUCCAUUAGACAAUUCCAUCUCUGAUGAUUUUAAACGGAUGUUAAAUGAUGGUUCCGUAAGUGCAAGCCCACAAUGUCUGCAAGUUUUGGUCACUUGGGCUCACCAUCAUGGCAGCAGCUGUGGGUCACCACCAAAUGUACAGAGCGUCUUAUCUGCAGCGUAUUGCGGUGUAGUUGGAGCAGUAUGGGGAUGUCCAGAGGGACACAGUUACAUCCUGGAUGUGCAUCCAAAUCACAACAUUGCACUGAGUGAGGGACAGUACCCAUACAACAAGAAUAAUGACUCAAAGAAAGAGGAAAUUGUGGGAAGCGCGUUACCUCUCCCACCUCAUAAUGGAACAGGUACUGAAAAUGGUGAGGGUAGUUCUAUCGCUAAGCUUCAACCAGUUCCAGUGUCACUUUGGUCAUCUGAUUCUCAGCCAUGUACACACAGUGGAGGUACUUCACAGCCAGCAGAUGUGGACAACACAGAAUGUCUGUUAAGCAAAGAUAUGUUUUUGCUGAUAGAUCCUGAUAGUACUGAGUGCUCUUGGGGAAAAGGUCAGUCACAGGAUGCCAUGCGAGCAUUAAAUUCAAAAGUGGAUCAAAUUAACUGCAACAAAGCAUCAUGUUCUGUAAAGGAUGAUAUUGCAGAUGGGUUAGAAUCCAGUGAUCUCUCUGACAGGUAUUUGUCAAGUGAAGAUGAUGGGGAGGAAAAAGUUAAGAAUGGUUCUUCAGAUGAGUCUUUUCAACCAUAUUGGGAGAAGAAUAAAGUACCAACUAAGAAAUGCGAUAGUAAGGAUGUGAAGAAAACACCCGGACAAAAGCGUGGACGAAAACCAAAGUCAAACUCUGAAAGAGAAGACUUUCCUACCAUGUACCGCUGUCAGUACAAGGGCUGCUGUGCCAUUUACAGAGGAGCUGAUGGACUAAAGAAACAUAUAAAGGAACAUCAUGAAGAGGUGCGUGAGCGACCCUGCCCCCACCCAGGAUGUAACAAAGUAUUUUUGAUUGAUCGCUACCUGCAACGCCAUGUAAAACUCAUUCACACAGAAGAAAGAAACUACAUUUGUGAUGAAUGUGGACAAACUUUCAAACAAAGGAAGCACCUAUCAGUUCAUCAAAUGCGCCAUUCUGGAGCAAAACCUCUACAGUGUGAAAUUUGUGGUUUCCAGUGUAGACAGAGGGCAUCCCUGAAAUACCAUAUGACUAAGCACAAGGCAGAAGCUGAACUUGAUUUUGCUUGUGACCAAUGUGGAAAGAGGUUUGAGAAAGCCCACAAUUUGAAUGUUCAUAUGUCCAUGGUUCAUCCCUUGACCCAGAACACAGAUAAAAGCAAACCAGCUGAGUGUGUUGAAACGGAACCAAACCAGCUAAGCACAGAAACAUUCAUUGAGUGGGAACCCAGUUAAUGUACAGCUACGCUGGCAGAGUCAAAAGAACAAGAUAUACCAAUUUGCACCUUUUGUCUUCAGUGGCAGCAAGCUCUUCAUCUGAACAGAGAAUUUAUGAAUCCGUGCAACUUUUUGCUGGUUUGGCAAAAAGCAAAUAAAGGCUUAAUCACAAAAAUAUUAGAGAUACUUCUUGGUUACACGGCUUUCCUUUUAAGUAUGAAGCUUUCUUACACAUACCUAUUCGUUCUGAAAAAAGUGCCAAAAACAUUUCAAGAUUGCAUAACACAUUGUAUGUUGAUAAUUAGUCUUGUGUAGCUGGUGAGCACUGUUAAACAGACAAGAACUGUGAUGAUUGAAUGGGAUGAAUGAAAACAUUGUUGGUAUCGGUGAUAUAGAUUUACAAUGAUACAGCUUUAAAUGCUUAAUGAGAGUAAUGAGGUGGUUUGGCUGAUUGCUUCUGAUGGCCCUUUAAUGAAUGCAAUUUAAGUUUGAAUAAAGACUAUUUUCUUAGGUUAUUGAGUAUUGGGGUUCUUAUGUUUUACAAAGCGGGUGGAAGCUCUCAAAUACACUGAACGAUAAUUAGUGAAUUGAAAAGGGAGGAGAAAAUAUCAAAAAGAAUCAUACCAGUAUCUGUUUUUGAAUGUGGACUCUUGUAUCCAAAAAUGUAAACCACAGGUGAUUCUAAACUCUCUCCAAAUAUACAGUUAUGUUUUCAAUUCUUAGUUACUGGCCAUUCAGGCUUGGACCAUUUAGUUAUUGUGGUGGUUGGGCUGGUUGGUUGUUUCUCCUCCUUCCCCUGAAAACUGAGCAGGGAAAUUCCUGUGUGACUGAAUUUUAUAACUUCAAUGAGGGCAAGUGGAAGAAACAAUGUAAUUGAAUGUAGCUGAAACUAUUUUGUCAGUACAGUUCUGUAAAGUAACUGAUCCAAAUUGUAAACAAUCUGAACAGUGCAGGAAUUCCCAUGUCACCUACAAGAACUCCCUCCUUCCUUCUCUUUCUCAAUUUUCAGUGGUAAAUGAGAGCUUAAGGAGUACUUAAUAGAACAUAUAUCGAGUAUUUUUUUCAUGAAUCUUAAAAUACAGCCUUCAUACAACCAUUUCACAUUUGCAGAAAACUUUCCAAUUAGCAGUCUCAGCAAAUAUGUUUCAGCAGUUUUGUGUAGCAGUUUACAUUGUAGAACCUAGAGUGGUUGUGUAUAUAUGUAACUGAUUUGGAGGUUACUUUUAUAUUUAAUUUGUAGAAGUCUAAUAUAUAAAGCCUCUCUAUAGUCACAAUACUACAUGGGAGUAAUAAAUCUAAUUUAAUGCUGUUACAUUCUAAUAGGGAUAAUAAAUGAUAUUUUCUAAUAUAGACUGUAACAACAAAUUCAAUAGAAUUGUUUAUUGAAAAAUGAAUUGGCAGAGAACUAAUUUGUAAAACCUGGAAAAUACUAUUAGUACAUGGUAUCUUCUGCAGCGCUAAGUUUGCCUACUUUAAACAAUUUGAAGACAACUAGUGAUAUGUUCUAGAAAUCAUAAAUCUGUGACUUUAUGGUAAUCUUAGGAAAGCACACAGGCAGUCAAUAUGGGUAAUUAAAAUUUUAUUUUUUAAGUUUGACAUUAAACAAUAUUAUUUUGUGCAACAGGAGGUAUGUGCUUAACAUGAACACAUCGGUGUCUAUUCUGACUUCUUUAGCCAGUUAAUUCAGCAACUGACUAAAACUAAAGGGCAUAUAUAUAGAAAUGAUAUUACAAACCAUUUUCUGUAAGAUAUGAUCUGACUAACCAAAGUACUUGUAUGAACAGUACUAACUAGCUUAUUGGUGAGACCACAGUAGUUUUAUAUUUAUGAUUAAAAUGUUGAUUACA